GCCGCUUUCCGAUCAGAAGAUCACACAGAUAUGAAUAUAACUGCUGCUUUAACUUUCACGAUGGCCAUCGUUUGGUUUUUCUAUGGAAAAUGCGAAGCAGCUCCUGAAAUAGUUAAUAACAUGCAUCGGAGGCUCCGUAAUCGACCCUUAUUACGAGGGUUCGCAGUGGAAAAUCUGUUUGGAGACGGCGACGAUUUUCUAGACAUAAAUAAACGACAACAAUUCGACGAUUACGGUCAUAUGAGAUUUGGGAAACGAGAACAAUUCGAUGAUUAUGGUCAUAUGCGAUUCGGUCGAAGUCACGAAUAAAUAAUGUGCAGUGAUAAUUCACUUUUGCUGCAG